AACGGUGAUUAGCGUUCGAGAAUGUUCUCGAUUAUUAAAAAUCGAUACAAAAGAUCUUCCGCGCUUCGGGCUAAAACGUGCGAGGCGACACGUGAGCAUCGAAAUCGAACCGAUAAAAACGGCCGAGCAAAUGAUAGGUUAGGAAUUAAUUGUUCCGAGAACCUGCGUGAAACCGUUUAAUUUGACAAAUUGUAAUCGCGUUAAAAAAACCAUGGCCUUGGAAACGCUGAAAAAAAUAUUCAGUAUUAAGUAAAGCGCAUGGAAUACUACUCGGAGAAUUUAUAAAUAGCUCAAGAACAAUUGCGAGCUUUGUAACGUGACUGAUUUUAUUAUGAAACCCUAUCCCGAGAUAACAUUUCUCGGAACUCGAUCUCGAAAAACCCUCUUUCACCAUUUACGUAAAAAAGAGGUUUUUCUCGUAGGAUAUUUUGCUUUAAGCUUCCUGUUUCAAGGCAUGCAUUAUCAAUAGUCAGUAGCCUUGACAACCACUUUACCGAUAAAAUGCCGCGGUGCAUGAAAUGUGAAAAGGUUUUCCUUAUGCGGAUAUUAAGUCAAUUGCUGGAUGAUAAGCACAUUUCGCUUACCUGCUCGAAACAAUAAAAUAAUGAGGGGGAUCUUAGUUUCAUUAGAAUUGACAUUUUAUUCGUUGAGAAGAAUUCGAUUUCCCAACUGUUUUUCCAAAGGACAAACGGAACAAACCGGGAUUUAUCGGAAACAAAAACCUAGUGUCAAUUCACUCCACGUAUUGGUAAUACUGCAUCGGUAUCACCCAGCAAUCCGAUAAUCCGAUGUGUUUAAUUCACGCCACGAUGAUAGAGCAUUGUGAAGUGUAAACGAGUGAUUUUUCGUCAUAAUCCUUAUCCCAAGGUCGAUCGGUUAGGUGUCAUCGAGCCCGGAGAUAAAUGCGAUACACGCAAGUGAGCAGCUCAAACGCAAUAUAUCGUCUUGGGCAGAAAAGGUUACAGUCGCACAAUGGUAGCUUACACGACAAUGAUGUGGCAUCGCACUCGAAGAAAGGAAGCGGUCAACCUGGCAGAAGAUACUUGGGAGCAGCGGUAGUGUUAAGCAUACUGUUUCUUGGCUAUAUAGCAAUCUCGAACGACGUCAAACCUGUUCGCAUGGGAAAAAGUGCCAUCGACACGUUGGCUUUUUCAUUCAACUUUCAAAAGCCCUUCUACGUGGUUGUGAUAGACGCUGGCUCAACUGCCAGUCGUGUGAUAGCAUUCAAUUUCCACGAAUCUAUCUUAAAUGGUAAGCCAAUACUCGAUGGUGAAUUAUUCCACCAGAUAAAACCAGGCUUAAGUUCGUUCGCCGACAAGCCUAGCGAAGGAGCUAAAACGUUGCAAGCAUUACUGGAGAAGGCGAAGACUGUUGUACCUAAGUCGGAGUGGUCGCGUACCCCACUAGUCAUGAAAGCAACUGCAGGCCUCAGAUUGUUACCAGAUCAUAAGGCGAAUAGCUUAUUAAAAGAAUGUAGACAAUUAUUCGAGACCUCUGGCUUCUUGGUCACAAAGAACUCUGUGUCCAUAAUGGAGGGCACUGAUGAGGGCAUUUUCUCUUGGUUCACUGUCAAUUAUUUAUUGGACAAACUUGGCUCCCAUAGCUCCGAAGAGACAGUGGCGGCUUUAGACCUAGGAGGAGGUUCUACGCAAAUCACUUUUGCUCCUGCUGAGGAGCACAUCAAGAGAGAAAAAAGGCAUAUCUAUUCCAUUAAUGCUUUCAGUCAUAAUAUGAGUGUCUAUACGCACAGUUACUUAGGAAUGGGCCUGAUGGCCGCUAGGAAAGAAAUUUUAACUUAUAAUAUUAGUCAAGAGGAACUGAACAACCAUGACCUUGUAGAAGUGAGAUCAGAGUGUGUGAACCCUAUUGUAUCGACCGAAUGGAACUAUGGAGGUCAUAAUUAUUUAGUAAAGGGGCCGAUAAAUGGAAUGCACAAAAUUGUCAAGACACAAAAUUUUGCUGGCACCGACGAAGACAGACCCGUAGUUCGAUUUCCGGAGUGUCUCAAAAUUGUGAAGAGCUAUAUUGAGAAGAUCAAGGAGAAGCCACUGAAUCUAAAAUCACACGAUAUUUAUGCUUUCUCGUACUACUUUGACCGAGCUACCGAGGUGGGUUUCAUAGAUCCAUUUUCUGGAGGGAUUAUCACCCCGGAUGCUUUUCUAAAAGCUGCAAUGGACACGUGUGACUAUCCUAAUACAGAUCAACCAUUUAUGUGCCUGGACUUGACCUUUAUUUAUGUGUUGCUACGAGAUGGCUUCCAUCUAGAACCAACAACUAAAUUAAACCUGUACAAAAAGAUAAAUGGUCACGAGAUAAGUUGGGCAUUGGGUGCUGCAUUUAAUGUACUUCAAAAUGGACUCUGAUGGCGCUAUAAUAUAGGCUGAAAUAAUAGACAAUUGAAUAGGACUUGUAAAAUCACAAAAUUUAUAAUUUCUAUAGUGGGUAUCGCACUUCUUUUCGCAAUAUUCAUGGAACUUCCAAGAUGAUUUCAAGGUCCUAUGAUAAGAAUGUCAAUUACACGAGGUUUUAAAACCAAAGGUUCAUAUACACAAAUGCAGAAGACAAUUGCAUGUAAGUUAGAAACCUAUCAAGACGGGGAGAUAUUUUUUUACUUCUCUGUGCUUUGCAUAUCGAUGUUAAAUAUUAAUGUAUUGAGUAGCGAUGCCAAGGAAAUGAUAUUACCUACAUUGUACAGUAGGCUCACAAAAUAUGUAAGAUCCGAGCGUGUACAUGUACUAGACUAAAGUGUUAAGUAUUUUUCUUUGACGUUAUCUGUACACUGCUUUUUAGAUAAGUCUUGUGUAAGGCCCUUAUCGCUUAUGUGCAUCGCAUAUAGGUAGAUGCAGCCAGAAAUCAGAUACACAUCGAUCCUUAGUGCCUUUCAAAGCACAAUGCUGUGUAAUAGAUUAGACAUUCCAUGUGAAACGUGACGUAUCGUACAAACAUGCACAAUUGUAGGAUCUCAUUAGAUGGGAUAAACUAUCGCUUUUAAAUUCCAUUUUAUUACCGAUGACUACCCUCAAAAGACCACUUUUAAUAAAAUAAAUGUUCUCUGCUAUUAAA